AUGAGCUGGGUCAAAGGUCUGCGAACCGCGACAAACUCGCUAUCAAGACCGUCGUUUCACCCAUGCUGUCGAAGGGACCUGCUGGUUGAACUCUCCAGGGCAGGUCCUAGUUCGCGCAGAGAGGCUUCCAGUCUUAUAACGGCAUCGAGAAGAACUCUGCACUAUACCUCGUCGGUUUUGGCCAAGCCAUCCCAGCUGCUUAGUUCCCCGAGAUGGAUAAACAAUAAGAACGGGGGUAGUGGGGACGACAAACCGGUGGACGGAGAAGAUUCGGCGGAGCGGGGGAAGAGUGAAGCAGUGAAGCUGGAUUCUUCUGAAGAGGAUGGCAGUAGUCCCCCGGGCGCGAAUGACUCUGCACCACCGGCUUCUUCAUCCUCAGGCUCAGAUGACAAACUUCCUCCGACGCCACCACCGACACCACCACCAGAUUCUACGCCUCCGAAUGCGCCAGGUAAAGGCGCGAGUUCCAUCGCGAAACAGUCUGUCCCGGAAAUAUAUCCUCAAGUACUCGCACUUCCCAUUGCUCGUCGGCCGCUAUUCCCCGGUUUCUACAAAGCUGUCGUUAUCCGAAAUCCCGCCGUUGUCGCCGCGAUUAAGGAGAUGAUGAAGCGCGGACAACCUUACCUUGGUGCUUUCCUCCUCAAAGACGAAAAUACGGACUCGGAUAUUAUCACGGACAUCAAUUCAGUGCAUCCUGUUGGUGUUUUUGCCCAAAUUACCAGCAUUUUCGCCGCGAAUAGCGUUGGUUCUACUGGCGAGGAAAAGGAAGAGGGCUUAACUGCGGUCUUAUACCCUCACAGGCGCAUCAAGAUAACUGAUUUGGUCAAGGCCGGGCAAGUUGCACAAGUAGAAGAAGUAGAUGAGGCAGAGCCACAGACAGUUGAACCUCCUGCUGCACCGAAGUCGGAGCCAAUCACAGGCAUGACUAUCACAUCUUUCCUACACAAGCAUGCCAUCUCUAUCGUCGACGUUGAGAACCUUUAUACCCAGCCCUACAACAAGGAUGACCAAUAUAUCCGCGCCUUCAUGUCUGAAAUCGUCUCCGUGUUCAAAGAUAUCGCUCAGCUCAACCCUCUCUUCCGAGACCAGAUCACCAACUUCUCUAUCAACCAGGUUGCCUCGAACGUCUUCGACGAACCAGACAAGUUGGCUGACUUCGCUGCCGCAGUCUCCACCGGUGAAGUCCAAGAACUCCAAGACGUUCUCGAGUCUCUUGUCGUGGACGACCGUCUCCGCAAAGCACUUUUGGUACUCAAGAAGGAACUGAUCAACGCUCAAUUGCAAAGUAAACUCAGCCGUGACGUUGACAGCAAGAUCGCUAAGCGGCAACGCGAAUAUUAUUUGAUGGAACAGUUGAAGGGUAUCAAGAAGGAGCUGGGCAUGGAGAGUGAUGGGAAGGACAAGUUGAUCGAGAAGUUCAAGGAACGGGCGGCGGGCUUGAAGAUGCCUGAAGCAGCGAGGAAAGUCUUCGACGAGGAAUUGAAUAAGCUGGCUGGUUUGGAACCAGCGGCCAGCGAAGCCAAUAUUCCUUGGGGGCAACAUUCUCCUGAGAACUACUCCAUUUCGCAUGCACAAACUGUCCUGGACGCUGAUCAUUAUGGCCUGACCGACGUGAAAUCGCGCAUCCUCGAAUUCCUCGCUGUUGGUAAGCUUCGCGGUACCGUACAAGGCAAGAUCAUCUGUCUGGUUGGCCCUCCCGGUGUUGGGAAGACAAGUAUUGGAAAGAGUAUCGCCAGGGCGCUCGGACGCCAGUUCUUCCGUUUCUCUGUCGGUGGCUUGACCGACGUCGCUGAGAUCAAAGGGCACAGGAGAACAUACGUUGGCGCACUACCAGGCAAGAUUAUCCAGGCGCUCAAGCGGGUUGGCACCGAAAACCCUCUUGUGCUCAUCGACGAGGUCGAUAAGAUCGGUCGCGGACAUAAUGGCGAUCCUGCUAGUGCUCUUCUGGAGAUGUUGGAUCCCGAGCAGAACAACAAUUUCUUGGAUCACUACAUGGAUGUUCCCGUAGAUUUGUCAAGAGUGUUGUUUGUCUGCACUGCCAACAAUCUCGACACGAUCCCAGCACCUCUCCUCGACCGUAUGGAAGUAUUGGAGGUCUCAGGCUAUGUCUCCGAGGAAAAAUCUGUCAUUGCAGAGAAGUACCUUGGGCCUCAGGCACGGGAGGCAUCUGGUCUACAGGAGGCCGAUGUCGUGUUGGACAGCGAGGCAAUCGACGUCUUGAUCAAAUAUUACUGCCGGGAGAGCGGCGUUCGUAACCUCAAGAAACACAUCGACAAGAUUUACCGUAAAGCCGCUUUGAAGAUUGUUCAAGAUCUCGGUGAAGACGUUUUCCCGGAGCCUGCGGUGCCAAGUGCAGAGGCUGCGAUUGGCGAAAAGGAUGCCCAAGUUGCGUCUGUGGAAUCCCAGGAACCGCCGAGUAAUGAGCCGCACACCAGCCCUGUUUCAGCCUCGUCGGAAGAGUCGACCUCGAAAUCAUCACAGCACGCUUCUGCGAUCCCAGCCGAUGAAUCUGCCCCAGUGUCGACGCCUACAGAUCUACCUCCCCCAUCCCAUGCUGAACGCAAGACCGUCACGACGCAGGAACGUCAGCCCAUGAAGGUACCGGAGACUGUGCAUAUCGCCAUAACACCCGAAACUCUCAAGGAUUACGUCGGUCCUCCUGUGUAUCAGAAAGACAGGAUGUACUCGAUGCCCCCUCCACCGGGUGUUAGUACCGGUCUGGGUUACUUAGGCAAUGGCUCCGGUGCCGUCAUGCCUGUGGAGGCCAUGAGCAUGCCUGGAAAAGGUGGUUUGCAACUGACCGGUAAACUUGGUGAAGUAAUUCGGGAAAGUGCGCAGCUCGGCUUAAGUUGGGUGAAGGGACAUGCCUACCAGCUUGGCAUCACCGCGUCACCCGAUGAGCAGUUCCUCAAUGACAAGGACAUCCACGUCCACAUGCCGGAAGGUAGCAUCGGCAAGGAAGGUCCCAGCGCGGGAACUGCCAUUCUGUCCGCCUUCGUGUCGCUCUUUACAAAAACCAAGAUCAACCCCGAUAUCGCUAUGACCGGUGAAAUAUCACUGGUUGGACAGGUGCUCCCAGUCGGCGGGCUCAAGGAGAAGAUACUCGCAGCUCACCGCGCCGGUAUCAAAACGAUUAUUGCCCCUGCUGCUAACCGCGCUGAUAUCGAGGAGAAUGUCCCGGAGAGCGUGAAGACGGGCAUUCGGUUUGUAUACGUCGAGGACGUUAGGGAAGUUUUGAACGAGGUCUUCCGGGGUGAACCCAUCACAGAGCGUUGGAAGGACACAAAUCUAUAG